GUAAUCUACUGAUACCAACAAACGCUAUGUUUCAACGAACGCUAUAUUUACAUGUGGCCGCUUUGUGUAGUAGUCAUACAUAGGUGUUUCGUUGAGCUUAUAUGUAGGGGGCGUAUUUAUAAACAUACUUUAUAUUGGAAUAAACUUCAGUUUUGACGAAAAAGUCGAAGAAGAAAAGAGAAAAUGAUGUCCGACGCUGACGGCCCGGGGGUGGCAACGGCAGCAGCGGCUGUUGCGACAGGUGUACCGACCGGUGGUGGAGAUAAUACUAACACGGGGGAUAACUCUGAAAUGAAACAUGUCUGGAAGUUUAUCUACAUUGAUUUAAGUUUUGUCAAGAGUCUAUAUGGGAUAUUUGUUGCUGCAGAAUUAAUUUUGUCAUUACUUGGUCUUAUUAGUGUCUCUGUCCCAAAGAACGAGGGUUGUGCGUAUCUAUACAGUUCAUCAUAUUCGUACUACGAGUUUACUGCUAGUUCAUGUUUCAUUGUCUCGCUUGUAUGGUAUAUACUGUAUGCUCUAGCUAUAACCAAGAAACUCGGCUUCAUUAGAUGGGAUAUAGCGGAAAUUGUGUGGAUAGGGUUUUACAUAUUUAAUUACCUCAUAGGAUCAGCAGUGAUAGCUUCAAAAGCUUGUGGUCAAGGUGGAUAUAAAGCUGCCGCGGCUUUUGGUUUCUUGUGUUUGAUUGUGCUUAUUGCCCAUGAAUUCUUUGAGGUCCGAGCAUUUGUGGAGAAAUGGAAGGGUUCAAAAGGUAACAGUCAGGCAACACCAGACGCUGAAGAGGAGUCCAAAUACUAGACCUGGAUAAAAUCCGUGACUAUUCCGGUUUGACAAUUAAUCUGCAGGCAGCGUUCAUUUGUUCAAACUUAAUUUUACAUUAAUUAUAUCCGUACUAAUCACGUUCCAAUUCCGGACAUAAGAUGUGUAAAAGGAUUCAUUUCUGUGGGUAAUAUAAACCAGUUCGCAGUGAAUUAUUAUUUUUUCUAAAAUGCGUGUUUUGGACUGACGAUUGGGAUUUCGUGAUUUAUUUACAUGUACUUUCAUUACUGUCAUUGUUUCUCGUAAUGAUAUAAACGUGUUAAAUUAACUAAAUUCCUUUGUCAUGUUUAGCAGUUGACUAUCUUGUAUAACAUAAAACAUAUAAUUAUAAAGUCGUAGAACUGUGGCAUGUCUUAAUAAAUGAUUAUUACAAAUGAAUAAUGCUCGUAAAACACAUGCAUAAUGAUAUUAAUAAAAUGUUCAAAGAUGUGUGCUUCAA